AUGUAUUAUAAAAAGCAUCAAAAGAAGUCUGUAUUAUUAAAAAGAUCAACAUUGAGCUUAAAUGAUCUGCGUUAUACCUAUAAACAACAAGAAUCACUUCUGACACCACCACCUUCUCCAACGGGUAGAUUAUCCCCCCGAAGCUGGAGUGCGAGAUUGAUCGAUAAUGUCAUGUCUGCUACAGGCAUGAAAAAGAAACUGACAAUAUCCAUUAAAAAUACCAUCUUAUGGAAUCCAUCUAGAGAUGUCAAUAUACCCAACCAUGCGUUUCACGAAAAUACCAUAUCACUUCUCACCAAGCUAUCACAAAACUAUGACAUCUACGUCAUUAUUCACAUGAAUACAAAACAAGAACAAGAUCAAAUAGACAAUCUACUUUAUAAUUCUAAUCUAUUUAAAUGCGUCGAUUCAAGAAAGGUUCUUUACUGCUCAACCGAGCAAGGUAAAAUACAUACAAUUCGGCAUAUUGAACCUAGCAUCCAUAUCGAAGGUGGAUGGGAGCUAGAAGAUGGCAAUGACAUCGUUAAACAACUAAGACAUGAUACCCAGGUCAUAUGGAUCCUACCAAACCAAAAGAGACAAUCGCUCUAUUCUGAUCAGUACAAUGAUAUCGAAAUAAGUGAUCAUGUUUUGAAUACAUCUGUUGCUAAAUCAGUAGGCUUUUAA